AAAUUGUAGCGGGUAGUGUAAAAGGUGUCGGACAUGUCCCGAAAAGAUCUCAGUGAUUUCUUGUUUCAAUGGCAGAUCUCCUUAAAAACCCAAUGAAUUUUCAGAAUAAACGGCGGAAAUCGCUGUGUUUUCAAGGGGAUCUAUUCUGAUCAAUCACUCAAAAAAAGACAGCAUAUAUCAUUCUUGAAGUCUUUUUCUAAGUAUCCUUCCAGUCAUAAUUAGCUAGCAUCUCAGUCUGCGCUAUUUAUUAUAGGUCUCAUAAUUGCACGCUUGACUACUAUCCGUACUUUUUCGAAGGGAAUCCUUCGGACUUUUUUUUGCUACGCACCUAUUUCAGUCGUUCUAUGGAUCUAUUAAUUGUCAGUCGGACGAGCUUAAUAAGCGUGGAGUAGAUAAAAUUCUGCCACUAGUACAAGUGCAUUCUUUUUCUUUCCAUCUCAUAAGUAUAUUACUAAACGCACCUGCACCUGUCUAUGCUGGUCUUAUUUCUUCCCUAUUGUGCUAGUGUCUUUGUAAUGUGUGGAGACGUGGUUUUUGUAUUACUAUAUGAGGUGGUCAGCUACAUUCGGUGUGCGAGUUAAACAAUAUUAGCAUACUACAUCGUAAAAGUGUAAAUCUUCAACGUAUUUGCGUGUGAUUCUACUCUUGUUUGCAACUUUUCAGUUCUUUAUUUUGACAUAAGUGUUGUAGAGCUGUACGCAAAACGUGUUUCGUAUGAACAUUUGUCGAGAUUUAGGCGAACAGCUUGGCGAGACUUGUCUACUAGGUUUUUCUGUGCAAUUUCGAACCACACUGCCGGGCGGAAUAUUAGGAUCACUUAAAUUUCAGCCACUGAAAUAAUUUCACAUGUAAUUUUUACCUUUAGAACACGUUUUGGUAUUUCAGAUAUUUCGUUAUCGUCAGUUUGUAAUCAUAAAAGUAGUAGCUACUUAAUGAGCUUUAAGCGUAUUGUUGGGUUUCGAGGAAGGGUUUGUAACAAUUUCGAAUGCAGACGAUUUGCUCUCAAAAGAUCGUUCUGUUCUAAAAUCCCUUAAAAUUUAGUCUAGGCCGCCUCAAAUAAUUGUUAGCCUUGUAGCUAUCAAUGCCAAUGUUAGACUUGAUAGCUUCAAAUAAAUUUGGCAUUGGUUAAUAAGUUAAUAAUAUCUUUUUGUGAUAUUCCUUCAUACUAUUUAAACUCAUGUUAACUUUAUUUCAGUUAUUUAUUUACUAUAAAAAAGUGACUUACAUUAAGUCACAAAACAUCUAAAGUACAAUUUUCUACACUCUGGGAUAUCAAAAAAUAUUUAUUAUUUGUUAGUUUUGGUUUUUUGCUAUGAGUUAUGAGUGACAAAUAAUUGUUUGUCUUUUUUUCCCUGGUGCUUCUUUUGAGUAUAGCUAAUACAUUCUCCCAUUCGUCACUGUAUGUUUACAAUCGCCCAAAACUAGUUAAAACAACUAAAUUGACGUACAUCAACCAAUCGUGUUGACAUCCUUCAGGUUUCACUUCGUUUAGUAAUGGCAGGUUAUCCUCAUCAUUUUGUUACUGCUCACCUUGGUUAUCCUGGUUAUGCUCACGCAGCCUACGUGCCUGCGUCGAUUCCUAAUCCAGCUAACUCUGUCACCCAGUUGUCAGCUGCCCAAAUCAAUGCGGGUUGGGUAGAGCACCAUUCUCAUGAUGGGAGAAAAUACUACUAUAAUACAUUCACUCAACAGACGACUUGGGAAAAACCUCAAGAGUUGAAGACUCAGCGUGAGAAAAUACUUUGCAACUGUCCAUGGAAAGAGUUUAAAUCCGAAAACGGAAAACCUUACUAUUUUAAUGAGAAUACAAAACAAUCAGUAUGGAUCAAACCGCAAGAACUUAUAGACGCUGAAAACCAAGCAGCCGCCUGUAAUGCUGCUACGAAUUCUACGGUCCCCGAACAACCACCAAGUAUGCCUCCGGUUACACCGUGUACACCAGCCACCCCAAAAGAUGACGUUAAUAAGCCUCCUGAGCCUUCAGAAAUAGAAAGGGCAAUGAAGGCAACUCUGGCUUCUUUUGAUACGUCAGAUACUGGACCUUCAUCAAUUUCGAUUCCACUACCUCCGGAAAAAGUAGGUGACAGUGAUAAGGAUGAAAGUGACGAAGAGAAGCCUGUACCUAAUCCACAUAUAACUACAUUUUCACCAAAUACUCAGGCAGUGCCAGAAUAUAAGACCCGAGCAGAAAUGGCAGAAGGUCUUAGGAGGCUUUUCAGGGAUUGUAAUGUCCCUGGUGGGGCUACGUGGGAGCAAGCACUAAAGUUAAUCUCCGGGGAUCCUCGUUACUCCAUCUUGAGGACGUUUAAUGAAAAAAAGCAAAUAUUUAAUGUUUACAAAACUCAAAGGUUAAAAGAAGAACGCGAGGAGCAAAGAAUAAGAAUUAAAAGGGCGAAAGAGGAUCUAGAAAAGUAUCUUUUGAAAUGCAAUAAACUGCACUCAACUAUGUCAUACCGUAGAGUAGAUCAACUACUGUCGGACACGAAAGAAUGGACUGAUGUCCCUGAUCGAGAUCGCCGUGAAAUAUUCGAUGAUGUCAUGCAAGAGGUAGGUAAGCGUGAACGAGAAGAAGCUAAGAUUUUGCGAAAAAGGAAUAUACGAGUAUUUAAUGAAAUUCUUAGUGAGAUGCUUGAUCUGACAUAUCGGACGACCUGGAGCGAAGCACAACAAAUGCUGCUUGAUAAUACCAGAUUCACUGGAGAUGUAGAUUUACAAAACUUAGAUAAAGAGGAUGCCCUUGUCUGUUUUGAAGAGCAUAUUUGCAUGCUUGAACAAGAGCACGACGAAGAUAAAGAACGCGAACGUCGGAGACAAAAAAGGGAACAACGAAAGAAUCGAGAAGCAUUCAUAGUUUUACUUGAUGAAUUGCACGAACAGAAAUUACUCACUUCUAUGUCUCUAUGGAAAGAUCUAUACCAUAUAAUAAACAAAGAUGAUCGAUUUCACAAAAUGCUUGCUCAACGUGGUUCUACUCCAUUGGAUUUAUUUAAGUUCUAUGUUGAAGCAUUAAGAGCUCGUUUCCCAGCUGAGAAGAAGAUUAUCAAAGAGAUUUUAAAAUACAACUGUACACCGAUCGACUUGUCUGUUUCAUACGAAGAUUUUUGUUCAAUAAUAAGCUCUGACGAACGCAGCAAAGGAAUAGAUGAAGGAAAUAUACGUAUGACGUAUGACGGUCUACUAGAAAAAGCUCAAGGUCGUGAACGUGAACGCCAAAGAGAUGAUGCUAGGCGUAUCAGAAAACUUGAACAAAACUUUUGUGAAAUGCUUACAAAUUCCUCCUUCAUUCAGUCCAAUACUAGUUGGGAAGAAGUUCGAGAAAAAUUGAGUGACCAUCCUGCCUUCAAAGGUUUGUCGUUGGAAUCAGAAAGGAUUCGACUCUUUAAAGAGUAUAUUAUUUCAAUUGACAACUCAAAUGAAGACGCUCAUCGGUCUCGUAAAGAUAAACAUCUAUGCGAAAGGUCUGCUUCUAUUCAAGAUGUUGAAAAAGAUGUCGAUGCAAUGAAAGAUCAGAAGAAAAAACAAACUGUUUCCCCUUCCCCAGUUCCUUCAGAACAUAGUCAUACUCGUAGGUCGGACGAUGAAAGGGGAUCAUCACAGAAGCGUAAACAUCGUAAAUCAAAGAAAUCAAAACAUCGCAAAUCAAAGCACCAUAAACAUCACAAAAAUACAGACAAGCGUCAAGAUGAAGAAUUAGAAGAAGGAGAAGCUGCUGAUGAUGAUGAUGAGGAUGAUGAGGCUGCGAAUCCUCAAACUGGUGAUCGUGCCAGUGGUAGUAAACGUCAUCAUCAUCAUCGACGUGGCCAACGCUCUCGGACGUCUGACCCUGAGGAUGGUGAAGAGGUGGACAGUACUAGUGAUGGAGAAUUUUGUGACCGUGAUUCAAAGCGUAAAAGACGUUAGUAUUGUAAAACAGUCUUAGAUAAAUUUUCUUUUGGUUGUGUACAUAAUAGCAUGUCAUUUUGUUACAUCGAAAAGGUUUUAUUGAUCCAUUUCAGCAUCAGGUCUGCUGGUAUCGCUAUACUUCGUGUAAGCUUUAUUUGCUCUUAGAUAGUUUACUUUAAAAACGUUUCUCUGUAUAUCUAUCCUAUUUAAGUAACUAGUCAGAACGUCCUACUUUAAACAAAUUUGGCUAUCCGUGGUAAUUAAAUUCGGAUUCUUGUUUAGACUAGAAGUGAUUUUGGGAUGACGAUCAGUUACGUUAUUUCCUUGUAAUUUACAGGAUAGAUAUCUUACGACUAGUUGAUAAGGAAAGACGACGUCUUUUGCCAAAAUAAGGUCCUAAACUAUUUCGUCACCUUUUCUUUGUGACUUCUUCCUAGAAUUUUAACCAACAAGUGGGAAUUAAGAAGCUGUCGAACAGCAUACAUUACUAUUUUGUUAUUGGUAAUAAUGUUGCUACAAAGGUAGUUUGUGGUUCCAACUCAGUUUCUCAACUGAGGUAUAGGUUGUUUAUUUUCUUAUCUGUUGUGGAAAUGUUUAUUUUUAUGGUGCUGGAUGAACAAAUAUGUAGGGUUCAGGUUAUAUUGUAGUUUGCCAUUAGCUUGUUUCUAUCGGGUUAUUAGCUACCAAAGUGUUCUCAACUGAAUAAUGUGGUGUUUCGCGUUAUCUUGUUAGAUGCUCAGUGUAUAUACUUUUAAUUAUAGCACAUCUGUGAAUAAUGCUUGUUUAACACAUCAAUAAUAAUAGAUCUAUCACUUCUGCCUUGAUAGUUGAGCGCUAUCAAUACGGAGCCUUUAAAGACUCGAGCUUCAAUGAAUCGCUAACUUUUUAAGAGCUUCCACGCAAAUGUUUUAUUCGUGUAACUAUAUUAUUUUCGUUCGAUACUGUAACUUUAGUAACGUAGUUUAUGCUGAAAGGUCACUUAACUUUUUGUAUUUAAACAUCUAAUGCAAUUCGAGUUAUAUAGCUUUUAUAAAUAAACGGCUAUUGUACAUCGAUAAACUACGAUGGAUGAGACACCAAUUUUAUUGUUGCGUUUCAAAUCAUAGGAUUAUGAACCGUUGUAAUGGCCUUUGAAUUGUUUGGCCGUCUGAUAAAGAUGGACAGUUCAUUAUCUCACGUCUUAAAAGAUUGUAUGGUUGUGGUGUUGGCAGACUUUAAAUUAAGUUGCGGACUUCUUUGGUGACUGAAGGAGGGGGGAACAAAGCAUAAAUCUCAGUAGCGAACUCCCCCAGAUUUAAUAUUGCGUCUCUUGAAAUAAUGCUGUAGAUGAGCAAACGUCAACUUAGGGUCAUUAAAAUCAAAUUCUAGGAAGCAGCUUUCAUAGUACCUGUGACAAAUUACAUUUGUACUCCAGGCUUUUGGUUUGGACUGAGUGUGAUAUAUGGUAUAUGACCAAUAUAUUAAUUUAAUGAGUGGGAUAAAAUAAUAACUACAGCACGAAUAAUUUGCGACUAAAGCAAUACUAAUAUAAAUAUGUAUAUACGAAAUUCAUGUUAAAGAUAAUGAGAAUGUUACCUUUUAUGACCAAGCAAAAUAAUAGGCAGGACAGUGAUCAAUUUUUGCGUUCAAGAAUUGUGCUCAUCAAUUUAGUACCGGUUAGUACCUCUCGUGUUAUCGGUAGAAAAAAAAAACAGAUUAGCAGUAAAUAGGUCUUUAUUUAGACCGUGGGAGAGCGAGGUUAUUUUUUGGACAUUCAGUAUAAAAUUAUAAGAAACAUCAUGGCUAUAAAGAAUAAGUAAGUGAAUGAGUACUUGACCUACAAUGUUUUUGUUGGGGAUGUCAAAUCCUCAGAACUUACUUGGUAAAUGGCUUAGUUUUGUAACUUUAUUUUGAAAAUUUGAAUUUAGCUGUUUCCGCGCCAAACGCGCUCUUUUUACCUUCACAUCAUAUUUCCCACUUGUAAACUAUCUUAAACGCUAUUGGUCCAUUGUUUCUUUGUGUGUGCUAUUUACUAAUGAUGCUCAAGGACAAAUUGUUGUUGUAUAAAUGCGCUUGACUUUUUCCCUUAUUGGAUUGCUUGUACUCGGCUGCUGACGGAAUAUAUAUAUAUUCCCCUAC